AUGUCUUCCUCAACUACACCCCCAACUACGAAGCGCUCGAACUCUACCACCCGCCGACCCCUCUCCCGGCCAACAACGCCCUUGCGCCCCCCGUCACGGUCAUCGCUGCGCGAAUCUGGCAAAAAGGCGAGCAUAGGCGGGCUCUCAGCUGCGCCUAUAGAAGCAUUCGAGCCUGCUUUUGCAGAGCUAUCGGACUCAAUGGCAGAUCUGGAGGCCAAUUUUAUGCAUCUGCAGUUGAUGCAUGAGAGUCUGUCUAGGUUCAGCGAGAAUUUCGCGAGUUUCCUAUAUGGGCUGAAUAUGAAUGCGUUUUGUGUGGAUUUUCCAGAGGCGCCGAUUUCCGAGUCUUUUCGUAGAGCGAGAGAGCAGGAGGAUAAUUUAGGCAGGUCGACAAAUUCAGAAAGAUAUCAUGGUGAUAUUGAUGGAGAAACUACAUUCAUGACUACCGAUACAUCCUUCGUUGACAACCCCCCCACAUCGUCGAAGGCCACGCCGAAAUUCUCCACGCCCGCUCCGGCAUCGCGAACAGCAGGUUCGGGACGGGGUACUGGGAUUCCUGCCGCAAGAGGCGGUACGGCACGCGGCGGAGUUCGAGGGACCCGGGCAAGUGGACUGGCCAGAGCAGCAAAAACUCGUGGCCUGAGAUAG